AUGUCCACCGAAUCUAACGACCUUGAAAAAAACAUUUCACACCUGGACCCAACCGGUGUUGACAACGCUUAUAUUCCACCUGAACAGCCGGAAACAAAGCAUUCACGUUUUAAUAUUGACAGAGAUACCUUAAGAAACCACUUUAUCGCUGCUGUGGGUGAGUUUUGCGGUACUUUCAUGUUUUUAUGGUGCGCAUACGUCAUUUGUAAUGUCGCUAACCAUGAUGUAGCUUUGAAGACCGAACCAGAAGGGUCUCAUCCAGGUCAAUUGAUCAUGAUUGCCCUUGGUUUUGGCUUUUCUGUCAUGUUUUCUAUCUGGUGUUUUGCUGGUGUUUCCGGUGGGGCUUUGAAUCCAGCCGUUUCUCUUUCUUUGUGUUUAGCCAGAGCUAUCUCACCAACUAGAUGUGUGGUGAUGUGGUUUUCUCAGAUUAUUGCUGGGAUGGCUGCUGGUGGUGCUGCUAGUGCUAUGACACCAGGUAAAGUUCUCUUUACUAAUGCUUUGGGUCUAGGCUGUUCCAGAUCUAGAGGGUUGUUUUUGGAAAUGUUUGGUACUGCUGUAUUGUGUUUAACCGUUUUGAUGACUGCUGUUGAAAAGCGUGAAACUAACUUCAUGGCUGCACUUCCGAUUGGUAUUUCCUUAUUUAUGGCACACAUGGCUUUGACUGGUUACACUGGUACUGGUGUCAACCCUGCAAGAUCCCUGGGUGCCGCCGUCGCUGCGAAAUAUUUCCCUCACUACCACUGGAUUUACUGGAUUGGCCCAUUGUUGGGUGCCUUCUUAGCAUGGUCAGUGUGGCAAUUAUUGCAAAUCCUGGACUAUACUACAUACGUUAAUGCCGAAAAGGCAGCAGGGCAAAAAAAGGAAGAGUGA